AUGACGACCCCCAGAAAUUCAAUGAGUGGAACUUUCCCAGUAGAUCCUAUGAAAAGCCCUACCGCCAUGUAUCCUGUUCAAAAAAUAAUUCCCAAAAGGAUGCCUUCAGUGGUGGGCCCUACACAAAACUUCUUCAUGAGGGAAUCUAAGACACUGGGGGCUGUCCAGAUUAUGAAUGGGCUCUUCCACAUUGCCCUAGGCAGCCUCCUGAUGAUUCACACGGAUGUCUAUGCACCCAUCUGUAUAACUAUGUGGUACCCUCUCUGGGGAGGCAUUAUGUUCAUCAUUUCUGGAUCACUCCUGGCAGCAGCAGACAAAAACCCCAGGAAGAGUUUGGUCAAAGGAAAAAUGAUAAUGAACUCAUUGAGCCUCUUUGCUGCUAUUUCUGGAAUAAUUUUUUUGAUCAUGGACAUAUUUAAUAUUACCAUUUCCCAUUUCUUUAAAAUGGAGAAUUUGAAUCUUAUUAAAGCUCCCAUGCCAUAUGUUGACAUACACAACUGUGACCCAGCUAACCCCUCUGAGAAAAACUCUUUAUCUAUACAAUAUUGUGACAGCAUACGAUCUGUUUUCUUGGGCGUUUUUGCUGUGAUGGUGAUCUUUACCUUUUUCCAGAAACUUGUGACAGCUGGCAUUGUUGAGAAUGAAUGGAAAAAACUGUGCUCUAAACCUAAAUCUGUAAUUGUCCUGUUAGCUGCUGAAGAAAAAAAAGAACAGCCGAUUGAAACAACAGAAGAAAUGGUUGAGCUGACUGAAAUAUCUUCCCAACCAAAGAAAGAAGAAGACAUUGAAAUUAUUCCAGUCCAAGAAGAAGAAGAGGAACUGGAAAUAAACUUUGCAGAACCUCCCCAGGAGCAGGAAUCUUCACCAAUAGAAAACGACAGCAUUCCUUAA